AUGACCGCUUCCAAACUUUGCUUGGUUCCUAAUGUUCAAACUCCUCCCAAAUUCAAAGUAUCAGACUUCGAGAAAUACAAAGUAAAUUCAUGUCCUCAAAUUAAUUUAGUGAUGUAUCCUAGGAAGAUGUACACUCAGACUUACAACCAUCAGCUUCUGAUCCACUACAUUCAAGACAGUUUAACUGGUGCCGCUCUUAAGUGGUACAUGGGCUUGGAUAGUGCGAAGAUCCGUACUUUCAACGACCUCGGUGAGGCUUUUGUUCGUCAAUACAAAUAUAAUGUAGAUAUGGAUCUGGACAGAGAUCAACUCCGGGCCAUGUAUCAGAAGGACAAAGAGAGUUUCAAGGAAUAUGCUCAAAGGUGGAGGGAAAUUACUGCACAGAUUUGCCCUCCCCUUGAAGAGAAAGAGAUGACUAAAAUAUUUUUGAAAACUCUGAUUUCAUUCUACUAUGACCUCAUGAUCGCCAUCAUACCCAGUGAUUUUAUCGAGAUGGUAAACAUGGGCAUGCGACUUGACGAAGCAGUCCGAGAGGGACAUUUGACUAAGGAAGCCAAUGCUUCUAGUCAUGUUAAGAAAUUCACCAAUAAUUUCUCCAAGAAUAUAGAAUCAGAUGUUAGUGUCAUUUCAUAUGGCUGA